UCUCCAUCCCAGAACAAUGUCUUAUUAUGGGUACCAAUACAAGCAGCAGUGCUAUGUUCCAGGUGCAGUGAAGUAUGCCACACCAGUCUUCACGCAGUGCCACAACUCCGGGGUGAAGUGCGCGGCGUGCACGCCGUGUGCUUCCAAAGGUGCCAAGAUGUGCACCGUGAGGAGGACCAUCCAGAGCAGCCCCAGGUGCUCUGCACCAUGCUCAUCACGGUGUGUUGAGACACACAUUGUGGAAGACCACUCUUCCUCCUGUAGUCCCAGGUCUCCUGAGCCCUGCACCGUGGCAUUCCCUCAGCCCCUUGUGCAAGGCAGGGAACAUCUCUGCGUGUCACACUGUGGGCAACCAGGCGUUACAAGAUGCCCUCAGAUAUGCGCUCCAGCUCACAUGUACCAACACAGCUCCUGCCCUUAUUCAUACCAGUGGUCCAACAGCUACCACUACAACUGUGGGCAACAAUAAGCUCCAUGGAGUUGCCCACAGAACAACUAGGCGAUGAAGAGCAAGAUGCCCACCCAUAGCUGA